UUGUGGCUUGUUGUGCAAUGCAUUGAAUUUCACCACGGCUUUAAACUAGGAAUCUACUGUGUAUAAAAGGACCAGUGUUUUGGGGCACUGGUACCAGACCUAUCAGGAUAAUCGAAACCUGAAACAAGGCGGGACUUGACCUGACAGUAAACAUUUCGUCUUUAGGCCUCUCAAAACGAACCAUGUCUGACUUGUCUGACAAAGAAGCUAUCCGUCUGUGCAGAAGCACGACGACGAUUGAAACUAUUGUGGACUUGACAAGACACUCUAGCCCACAAGUUCGACAGUCCGCCCUGAAAGAAAUGUGUCCUUGCAGGGUCAAAAAGGACCACGAAGAUUUCUGGAAACGCGUACUUGAAAUGGUCGACGACGAGGCAUCAAACGUCCGCUUCCAGGUACUACACACGCUGUGUGACGGGUCCCCAGCCCACCUGGAAUUCGACGUUGCCGAGGCACUUGACAGGUUCAACAGGGAUUCUGACCGCAAAAUCCGCAGAACAGCUCACAGGGUCCUUACAACUUACUGGAAGACCGGCAAGUGGAACGUCCUAUAAACACUUCUGGUACGAGUCUCCUACACUCCACUGUGCGCCGUUAAAAGUUACCCCAUUUCUUCCCCGGUACAAUGCCAGGGACAGGGUUACAUGGUUUCGGGGCACUAGGACGAAGUACCCCCGGUACAGACGUGCCAGGUACCGGUUCAACAGAAAAAGGUACAAAGUAACAUUGGACCGACACACGAGGACGAAGUACCCCCGGUACAGACGUGCCAGGUACCGGUUCAACAGAAAAAGGUACAAAGUAACCUUGGACCGACACACGAGGACGAAGUACCCCCGGUACAGACGUGCCAGGUACCGGUUCAACAGAAAAAGGUACAAAGUAACCUUGGACCGACACACGAGGACGAAGUACCCCCGGUACAGACGUGCCAGGUACCGGUUCAACAGAAAAAUGGUACUAAGUAAGCGAGGACUGACACACGAGGUCAAAGUAACCCGGGUACAGAGCGUACCAGGUACCCAGAUUAAAAGAUCAUGCACUAGGACCAAGUUAGCACACUAUGUACCGUCCACGUAUCGUACAACAGAAUGGGUCCACAUGGAACAGACAUAUAGUAAGAACAAAACCAUACCACGGAAAAUGUACUUCUCCGAAGAGUUUUAGUUCCAACUAUACAGUGGACAACAAUGCCUUGUCUGACUUUUAAUUUCUAAUAUCGAUCUUGGAUUUGAAUCGAUGUUUGCCACCUUUAACUAGUCGUCCUAUUCUCGUGUUGUUGUUUACAAACUUUAGUUGCAUUAUCAUAUUUAUGCAAAAUAAAGUAUUAAUGACAUU